AUGGGUCAAAGCAGGAGCAGCCAGGUGCUGAAUGUCCUUUUUGUGGGUGGAGCCAUCCUCAUUGCGGUGUACUCCUGGGCCAUCUACGGACUCCUCACCGAAUGGUUGAUCCCUCUGGGCAGUGCGGUGCAUCCUGACAUGCAGCAAGCAUUUAACAAGGAGAAGGCCGCGAUCUACAUCCAUGCCAUGGCAUCGGCCACCGCCCUGGCUAUUGGUCCCUUCCAGGUGAUCCCUUCUUGGCGGCACAAGCACAUGUUGGGCCACCGACGGGCUGGUCGCGUUUAUUUCGUGUGCUGCUUUGCCGGCUCCAUCUCAGGCAUGACUCUGUCGCUCAGUGCUCAAGGCGGCAUGGUGGGCAAGGUUGGCUUCUUCUCCCUGGGUGUGGUCUGGCUGCUCAGCAACUUGGUCGGCUUCGUAGCCAUCGUCUUCCCAAAGAUUCGUACCAUCUGGUUGCAUGAGGCGGCUAUGCAGGUGAGUUGCGCUUUGACCUACUCAGCCGUCUCGUUGCGCAUUAUGCUGCCGGUUGCUGUUCUCAACACCGAGCACUUUCAGCCCUUGUAUGGUGCCAUUGCCUGGCUAUGCUGGACAGUCAACCUUGUGAUUCUGGGCAUAAUUUGGCUUUGCCAAAAAGAGGGGUCAAAGACAACUGAGCCUGCGGCAGCUGAGCAGCUUCCAGCGAAGGACGUGAUGUAA